AUGGAGCGGCCUCAGCAGGUACCCAAGAAGACCCGGACGAGGUCAGGAUGCCUCAACUGCCGCCGAAAGAAGAGAAAAUGCGACGAGGGACGUCCAGCCUGCGGUACAUGUCGCAGACGGAGCGAGCACUGCGAAUGGGGACUCAAGAUUACGUUUCGCGCCGAGAACGCACAGGGUCUGGAUGGCCGACAUCCGUCGAUGCGCAAGAUGGCCAGGAGACGGCCCAGGGAGUUUGAGAUUCUCGACGUCACAUCCGAGGUUAUUCGCGAUUACAAUGCCCCGUCGUCGCUGCUAGAAUUGGAAGAUGACGACGCUGAUGCGAGUCCAAUGGGCCGCUCAAUACCGACAAACGUGGGAUCAAAUGCGAGACCUACAAGCUUGGGGCACUUGAACAAUGCCCCGGGAAGCUAUCUCACCCCACCUACGGUUGGGAGCUCGCCUUCGUCCCAGCGACAGACCGAGAGCGCUGUCGCAGACCUCCUUUACUUCAGCCAAAGUGGGCAAACUGCCCAAAACCACUCACGAGUCGCAAUAGACUCUGCGCUUCAAGUCUCGAUGGACAUUGAGUAUCCUUACAUGGAACAGAUACAGGCAUUCACACCAGGAGACAUGUCCGAGGAUGGCAUCUUUCUACCAGGCUCGGCAUAUCACGAACUUCAUUCCACACUACGCAAUCAUCUAAUACAGGAAACGAGAUCUGUCGCCCCGACAAGGUCAACGACACCUCGGCUUGAUGUCAAUAGUACUCAAGGGAGCUCCACCAUAGCCGAAACAGACGUCACUCUCCAGAUACCCGAUUUCCAUCCAUCCACAACACCACUCCUUUCAGAAGAGGAGGAAUGCGCUCUCUGGAAGAACUACUUUGACGAGAUUGCCCCUUGGCUGGACAAGUUCGACAGAGAUCGACAUUUCCAACAGAUUCUCCCGACAAUGACCAAAAAUAACGAUCACCUCCGAUACUCGAUGCUGGCCCUCUCGGCGCGACAGCUUGAGCUCAAAAAGACUCUCCCGACCGACCGAAGCCUCGCCCUCUACCAAGAAGCCAUACACCUCCUACUCCCUCACCUGCCGACUCGAGGGACGGCCGUUAUAGCUACAUGCGUCAUACUUUGCGUGUUGGAGAUGCUUAGCUGCUCACCCAAAGCGUGGCAGAGGCACCUCGACGGAUGCGCCAGUCUAAUGGAGGCUGUAGGGAUCAAUGGCUUCGUUGGAGGCACUGAGCAGGCGCUCUUUUGGUGCUUUGCCCGGAUGGACGUCUGUGGUGGACUAAUAUCGUCGGUGAAGACGCUCAUAGACGUCUCCCACUGGGCUUCAGGGUCGAUUGAAGCGGAUGUCGAGCUCUUUCGAAACGCGACAGACUUUGAGCAGUGGGCAAAUUAUUCCGUCUACCUGAUAGCCCAAGUCCUCGAUCUUUUGGCCCCUCUCCCUUCACAUACUCUUCAAGCACCAGCCCGCAACGAUUCCGAGUUUCGCGCUCGCUGGCUUCAGCUUUGGGAGUAUCUCCACGACUGGUAUCAGCAACGACCAGCCCCAUUGCACCCCAUCAUGACCAUCCCCAGCGGCAAAUCCCCCUUUCCAACUAUUCUUUUCUCCAACCCCGCCGCCAUUUCAGGCAACCAGCUUCAUCACACAGCUUCAAUCCUCAUGCUCCAGAACCAGCCGUCGGGCAUACGACUCAGUCUCCCCGCAAAGCCAAGGAGUAUCCUAUGGCACGCGCGACAGGCUUGCGGGAUAAGCUUGUCUAACGACCACCACGGGGCAUGGACAAACGGGAUUCAGCCUUUGUGGAUUGCUGGACGAUGUAUGAGUCAUCCCAGCGAGCACAAGGCGAUACUAGAGUUGUUGGAGAGGAUCGAGAGGGAGAGCGGAUGGAGCACGAGGUGGAGGGCAGAGGAUCUAAGGGAGUUUUGGGGAGACUUGGGAGACUGA